CGCUCAGGUGCCGCUGGCUGCAGCAGUGGCCGCUCCUCCAGGCAGUGCUGCUUUGCUCUGCACCUCUGGCAGCCCAGCUCUGCUGCUGGCUCCCAUCCCUCCUGCAGCCCAUUCCCCUGCCUUCCACAUGGCCCUUCCAGAGGAGGCCCAGCAUUAAUGAGCCAUUGCAUACAGAUGAGCUGGCAGCCAGUCCCAGCUGCCACGGCCACAUAAAAGCCAACCAGGGCCUUGGGCUCUCUUCCUUUGGAUGCAGGAGCUGCUGGACCCAGGUUCUGUGGAAGUUCCCUGCUCUGGGGGGCACACACAGCUCUUCUCCCUUCUGCAGACACCUGCCCUGGGUAAGGCUCAAGGAGAAAUGUAAGAGAGCAGCACUGGGAAUUCACCCUUCUGGCAGAAUCCUGUGGACCCAGCCCAGCACUGAGAUGUUCAGCUCCCUGCGGGAGCGCUGCCGCAGCCACCUGCGGGAGCGCGGCCGGCGCCGCGCCCGGCUCGUCUCCAAGGACGGCAGGUGCAACAUCGAGUUUGGCAACGUGGAACGGUCCCGCUUCGUCUUCCUCAUCGACAUCUGGACGACCAUCCUGGACCUCAGGUGGAGGUACAAGAUGACCAUCUUCAUCUCGGCCUUCCUGGGCAGCUGGUUCCUGUUCGGGCUGCUCUGGUACGUGGUGGCCUACAUCCACAAGGACCUGCCCGAGUUCAACCCCUCCAUCAACCACACGCCCUGCGUGGAGAACAUCAACGGCCUCACCUCGGCCUUCCUCUUCUCCCUGGAGACCCAGGUGACCAUCGGCUACGGCUUCAGGUGCGUGACGGAGCAGUGCGCCACCGCCAUCUUCCUGCUCAUCUUCCAGUCCAUCCUGGGCGUCAUCAUCAACUCCUUCAUGUGCGGGGCCAUCCUGGCCAAGAUCUCCCGGUCCAAGAACCGGGCCAAGACCAUCACGUUCAGCAGGAACGCCGUCAUCAGCAAGCGCGGGGGGAAGCUGUGCCUGCUGAUCCGCGUGGCCAACCUGCGCAAGAGCCUGCUGAUCGGGAGCCACAUCUACGGCAAGCUGCUGCGCACCACCGUCACCCCCGAGGGCGAGACCAUCAUCCUGGACCAGGUCAACAUCGACUUCCUGGUGGACGCUGGCAACGAGAACCUCUUCUUCAUCUCGCCCCUCACCAUCUACCACGUCAUAGACAAGAGCAGCCCCUUCUUCCACAUGGCGGCAGAAACGCUGCUGCAGCAGGACUUUGAGCUGGUGGUGUUUCUGGACGGCACCGUGGAGGCCACCAGUGCCACCUGCCAGGUGAGGACGUCCUACAUCCCCGAGGAGGUGCUCUGGGGGUACCGCUUCGCUCCCAUCGUGUCCAAGACCCAAGAAGGGAAGUACAGAGUGGACUUCCAGAACUUCAGCAAGACGGUGGCUGUGGACACCCCACACUGUGCCUUCUGCCUCUACAAUGAGAAGGAAGCCAAGGCCAAAGAGAAGAAAGGUUAUGACAACCCUGGCUUUGUCUUGUCUGAAGUCAAUGAAACCAGCGACACAAAAAUGUAGUGCCAGGUAUUCAUGGGACUGAGUUUGCAGAGAAAAUUAAGUCUUGGGACAAUUGAUAAAUAACUCAGUAAAACAAAACAGAAACACAGGUUUGGGUUUGCUCUAACCCAGCAUUUGUUUUCUCAAAAGCCUCCAAUCAAAGAGGAGCAGCAUACCAGUGAUCACUAUUUAACUACACUAUAUAUAUUUCACAGAAUUUAUAUUUUUAUAUCUAUGGGACAUUUAACAAAGCUGCUAUGUUGGAAUGUCCAGCUCACCUAAGUUUUCAGGUGCAUGCAAAGGUAAGCCUGAGAAGAUGGAAAGAAAUUUCAGGACAUUAAAGAUACACAGCUGCUGAAAGGAGAAUGUGAAAAGGUGAGACAGAAGGCAAAGCUAAGGAAACCUAAGAGACUUAGGAGCCAAAACCUCAAAAAACAUUCUGGUUGCCAAAGUCCUCUAUGAAAACAGACUGUCUGGCCCUGCAACUUGAGGACCUCUGAAUGUUCUGAAACAAUUGCUUCCCUCUUUCUUUGGGACUGCUGCAGCUGCAGGACAGAGCAGUAAGGGGUGGGACAAGCUUAGGAAAUAGAGAAGACAGAGCUUGGGCCAAGCUGCUGCAUCUCCAACUCCAAAAUGUGACUUCUCCCCUCUGAAAGCCUUUGACUCUUUUCAGGGGAAAAGAGCCAAAUGGAAAUGAAAACUGAAAAACCAAGAAGCAGAGACCCACUCUGGGACAAAAGAAAUGCAGCUUAUUCCCAACUGCCCCAGGAGCUGCCUGGAUGGGGAGCAGGGAAACAUUUGAAGACAGCUCUUCAGAAAGGUGGGGAGAUGGAGAGCACAUUGAUUCCUUCACACCUGGCAGAAAGCACUCUACUGGGAGAGGAGAGGAAAUUCCUUCCAAAAAAUCCCCAAUGCAAGCUGAGAUUAUCUUCCCCUUUGAAGCACAAAGGUCUUGUUCAAACAAAACCACAGCCCAGGAGCCUCCUACCAACAUUUGGCUUCAGAUUUGGUUCCAAACUGUUCAUCUCCCCACAGCCAAACGUGCAUCCCUACAGGAAACAAGGUCUGCUCAGUGGGAGCUGAGCAGUGCUGAACAUUUUCUGGGAAGGAUUUUUGACAUAAAUGAAACAAGAAGCUUCAGUACUUUUUUAGUGAAUUUCUGCUUCCUCAUGGUCAUGUUCUUUUUUUCCCCAGUUCAUUCUGUUACUGAGAGUUCUAGUGGCAGACCAAAGAGUUUUUGGGAACUCUUCCCAGUGAUGUAACUCAGCUCAUCAAUUUUCAAUGCUGUGGUAAAAUGGAAAUAGUGUUAAAAGCUGCUGGACUAAGUGGUUUUAAAAGAAGGGGAGAAUUCAGCAGGUCAGAUGAUGCCAAGAGAAAGUUGUGCUGCAAAUGAGCACAGUGUGAGCAUGGAAAUCAAACUCUGGGAACCAGGAGUGUUCAGGUUCCAGUCCCAGUGAAGUGUGAACUCCUCUCUUGGGUCUGAACAAGUCACUUUACUCUGAAUCUCUGAUUUGCCAACUGUAACACAGAACAUAAACACUGACAUUGUACAGAGAGUGAUGUUAUGAACAAUUAUGUCACUAAAGCACUUUAAAAGGCAAUUCUCAAUCUUUCCUCAGUGCACCACUGUCACACCCUUCUCCACCUCGGGAUGGAAAGGUCAGCACACAAAGUUCUGCUCUCAUCACACAUCAGAGCUACCAAAAGUGGCUGCACCAGGCCAGGACUGUGAACAGAGAAGCAGCAGUGAGACCCUUGAGGUAACUCACAGACACUGCCUGAUAUUUUAAUUGUGCUGGAUUGCAGCCUUGCAAACCAAGUGUAAAAAAUACAGUUUUUACAGCACCUUAAUGUCCCUCACAUAAUCAGCUUGGAAGGACAGUUUUGACCCCCCAAAACAAACAUCAAGAAAUCAGUGGCCAUGCACAGAAAGCUGGGAGGGAGCAGGGAAGUGAAAUGAUGUGUCCAGAGCCCCAGAGUGGGCUGGAGCAAAAGCCAGCUCCAUCCUUGCAGAGCUGCUGCUGCGUUUCCUCCCAAGGCUUCCUGCACAGUGCCCUGGGUGCAAUGCCCCAGAAAGUGGCACUGUCAGUGCUCAGGGCUUACCAGCCACACCUCUCACCCCUGGGAGAAGCAGGAUGCCUUUAACAGAAGCAGAAAGAGUGUCCCCACUGGACAGAAGUAUCAAGGGAAAUGCAUUUGAAAGGUGAAACCACACAGUGCAAUGAGGAGUCAGGGAAGAUUCCUGAUUCAGUACUGGUUUGGGAUGUUAGUGCUGGUGGGGAAGGGAAUCAAACACUCUGCAGUGCCUGUCCAAGAGGGGGUGCAACCUCCAAAGCUCAGAGGUCCCUAAACAAUGCACCUCCAGGUACUGCCCUUGGAAAACCUCCUCGAAAUCCUGAACCUCACCGUCCUUCCUGAUGCACUGAUGGAACUUUUCCUGUCUCUGCGUGUGAGCAUGAGGAUGUGUGUCCCAUCCCUGGAGCACAGCUCAGAGAGAGGACACCUGAGCCCCUGACAGUCACACCUGCCUUGGGACCUGCAAGGGAGCUGCCCAGGGGUGACUGUGCUCUUAUUUUGGUGUAACUGGGAAGGACCCAGGAGCAGAGGAAAUCCAGGGGAUGGAUCAAAGCUGGCAGGGCCAUGGCUGAGCUCCCGUAGGACGGGAUGAUGCUGGGAGCUGACUGGGAAUCCUGGAGUGAGCUCCCACCCCUGGAGCCCUGCCAGCCCCACAGCAGAGAGGGCUGAGCAGAGCCCAGCAGCAGCACAGCAAUGAGUGGAAUUUCCUCUGGUUGUCCAGGGAGAGCUGCUUGUCCCUGGGCAGAUAAAGGGCUGGCCAGGAAGGAGUUAUCAGGGACAGGCACUCGGGACACACGCCAGAGAAAAGCUAUUUUGGGGCUGUCACCCCUGCUGCCAUUAAAAGAAAGUUCUGUUAAGAGGAUGAAAAUAAAUUUAAUCUUGUUGAGCAGAAGUGGCUGGAGGGAAGCACAGAGCUGAUACUGGAAGACAAAGGCUGGUUCUUCCCCUGGCAGGGCUUUGUUCCUCCAGCUCUGCUCAAGCCUUGCAGCUCCUGCUCCCUCGGGGUGCCCAUCCUGCCCUUGUCCCACAAACUGGGGCACCCCAUGGGGCCAACAGCCUGGGCCACAUGCUGCAAAGGUCUAAGCAGAAAGUCCUGCCCCUUCAGGAGAGCAAUCAGACCAUUCCUGCUGGAUUAAGGCCUAAAGGAUUUCCCUGGCAAAGCCAAGCAGCAAGGCUUGGGAAUAAUGUGUCUGCACUAAACUUAAUUUAUCUUCUCAUUUCACAAACAACAUGUUUCUUCUACUGUAUUUAUUUUAAACAUUCAUUCAAGCUGUGCAUAAUAUUUCAAUCAUUUUGAAAUAGAUUUACCCUCCUGCUGGCAAAUGAAUAAGGCAUCCUGCUGACUGCUGGAGAAAGGGCCAUGAAUAAAAAUAACUGCUUCUGGUAAACUGACAUGUGCUGGUUUGCUGUCUGUCUGCACACAUGCUCUGGGAGGAACUGCUGAAAAGACACUCCUAAAUAAUAAUAACAACAAUAUAAUAAAAUAUAAUAAUAAAAA